UUCACAAUCUUAAUUAUAUCCUUCAGCUAGGUUGUGCUUUUGCUUCACUGUCCCCUGGACUUUGGUCUUGGUUUUGUGCAGGAAAUUUUGCUUUGGUGCAUCACCAUCAUCAUCACUUUCAUUCGGAUUUAGAAAAGUGCUGGUGACUGAAUCCAACCAAAUUUGACUUACGUGUUCUGAUUUGUUGCACACUGUUAUAUGUUCUUCUGAUACUUGAACAAUACCUAUGAUUUGACCCAGAGCCUGUGUUUAAUGUGAAGCAGCUCUGCUUGUUCAGCUAGUCAGAAAGUCCAGUAAGCUGCAGUAAUCCGAUUGUUCCUACUGUUUAUCUCUCUCUUCAAUACACACACACACACACACACACACACACACACACGAAAAUGGCUGUAGCAAAAGAAGACAUUUAUCCUAAAAAGAUUCUGGAGUACAUGGAAGGUUACAUGGUGUCAAAGACUUUGUUUGUAGCAUGUGAGUUAGGGGUGUUUGAUCACCUGCAUGCCUCAGAGUGCCCCCGAACUGCAGAGGAAAUAGCGCAAAAAUUGGGAACAAAUAAAGAUGGAACAGAACGACUUCUUUUAGCUUGUGUUGGACUUGAACUCCUAAUCACACAGUCAAAUGAAAAAGGGCAAGUUGUCUACAGUAACACAGAAAUGUCCACCAUGUUUCUGACAAAAUCAAGUCCACGAUCUCUUUAUCAUUCGAUUGAGUACAACUCCAACACUAUUUACCUGUGCUGGUGUUACCUGACUGAUGCAAUCAGAGAGGGAAAGAAUCAGUAUGAGAAAGCUUUUGGCAUUAGUUCCAAGGAUCUGUUUAAAGCCCUAUACAGGUCUGAGGAAGAAAUGGUGAAGUUCAUGCAGCUGAUGAACUCCAUCUGGAAUGUCUGUGGCCGAGAUGUGAUCAGUGCCUUCAACCUCUCUCAGUUCAGGAGCAUCUGCGAUCUUGGAGGCUGCAGUGGGGCUCUGGCCAAGCACUGUGUGUCGAUUUACCCAACAUGCAAAGUCACCAUUUUUGAUUUGCCGAAAGUCAUAAAAGUGUGUCGUGAUCACUUCCUGUCUGAGGAGAAUGAGGGAAUAUUAUUCCAUGAAGGAGACUUUUUUAAGGAUGAACUUCCUGAGGCUGAUCUCUACAUCCUGGCAAGGAUUCUGCAUGAUUGGACAGAUGACCGAUGUAUAGAGCUGCUGAACAAAGUUUACCAAGCUUGCAGGCCAGGAGGUGGCGUAUUAGUGAUCGAGUCCCUCCUUUAUGAAGACAACAGCGGUCCUCUCUCCACUCAGCUCUACACACUCAACAUGCUUGUUCAGACAGAGGGUCAAGAGCGAAAAGCAUCGGAGUACACACACCUGCUCAACACCGCUGGGUUCAGGGACACACAUGUCCACAUCACAGGGAAACUCUACCACAGCAUCCUUGCACGCAAAUAGAGAAUAACAUAUACAAACAAAGAGACAGAUCAUGUUUUGCCAACAGUACAAAACAGAUUUGUGCUCAGUUUCUUUAAAGAACAUUAAAAACAGCUUUAACUAUCUUAUUCUUCAUCCUUUGCUUUCUAAAUAAAUACUUUUCUUUUGCUUUGCUAACCAGGUAGCUAGAAACUACCCAACACACUUUGGCUAGCCAGUUACUGUGAGCUAACGUUAUAUAGUGUAUAUUUCAGCAUAGCUCACUUGGUUAGUUAUUAAGCGUAAUUGCUCAAAUGUGUUCCUCAGAUAUAUAAAUGGUCAUAUUAGUUGUCCAUGUAAAAAAGUAGACAUGUAAAAAAGGUGAGUUGUAAAAAUAAUUUUUCAAAUCACUUCUCACCAAACACUAAGUUGGGUUUUUUAUUUUUAUUUUAUUUUUUUUAAUGACUU